AUGUCACAACAAGUCAAUAACGCUAGCAUUAGGAGAAAGUUGGUAAUUGUGGGUGAUGGUGCAUGUGGUAAAACGUGUUUGUUGAUCGUUUUUGCCAAGGGCAAAUUCCCUCAAGUGUAUGUCCCAACCGUAUUCGAUAACUACGUCGCCGAUGUUGAAGUAGAUGGGCGCCGUGUGGAACUAGCGCUAUGGGAUACAGCUGGUCAAGAAGAUUACGACAGAUUGAGGCCUCUAUCUUAUCCAGACUCCAAUGUAGUAUUGAUCUGUUUCUCAAUCGAUUUGCCCGAUUCACUCGAGAAUGUGAUGGAAAAGUGGAUCUCUGAAGUGUUACACUUCUGUCAGGGUGUGCCUAUCAUCUUGGUUGGUUGUAAGGUUGAUCUCAGAAACGAUUCCCAGGUGAUUGAGAAUCUAAGAGCCAACGGCCAGGAGCCCGUGUCUCAAGCCGCCGCGCAAGAGGUUGCUGAGCAAAUUGGAGCUGUGGAGUACAUCGAAUGUUCUGCAAAGACUGGGUACGGUGUCAGAGAAGUUUUCGAGGCUGCUACAAGAGCCUCGCUAAUGGGUAAACAAGGAAAAACAAAGAAGUCCAAGAAAUCCUCCACCAAAAAGAAGAAGAAGUGUGUUGUGUUGUGA